AUGGAAUGUUUUUAUACUUGUAAGACCGUAAAUGUAACUCAAAGUUUAUCUACUGUUAGUAGACCACGAUUCAAACUACCAGUUUCCAUUAAGAAGAACUUUCCACCUUAUGAUAAUCAGCGGAUGUUCACUUGUGUUUAUAACUUUAGUCUAACUACUCAAGAGAAGUUUCUAAGUUGA